AUGCCAGCUGUAUCAAUCAACGCACCGGCGCAUGCCAAACCCGCAGAUGGUUACUUCAAUCUCGGAACUUACAGUCGGAAAAUCAGCACCAACAACCCUGAAGCUCAGCUUUGGUUCGAUCGCGGUUUAAUUUGGGCUUACGGGUUCAACAUCAAGGAAGCUUCGAUAUGUUUCGAGAAAGUCACUCGUCUGGAUCCAGAAUGUGCCAUGGGAUACUGGGGUAUCGCCUAUACAAAAGGACCUUACUACAACAAGGCGUGGCGACUGUUUGACCCAAGAGAACUCAAGGAAGCUCUAGUGAUUACUCACGAGACAUCACGCAAGGCGCUGGAGCUUUCACAUAAUGCAACGCCUGUGGAAAAAGCUCUCAUCAAAGCUCUUGUUGCUCGUUACCCUCAGAAGACUCCGACCGACGAUUAUCAGCCUUGGAACGUGGCUUACGUGAACGCAAUGGAGGAAGUCUACAAGUCCUAUAAGGACGAUCUUGAUGUUGCCUGCCUGUACGCUGAGUCGCUCAUGGUUCUGACACCUUGGGCCUUGUGGAAUAUCCACACAGGGGAACCUGCUCGUGGCGCACGUCCAUAUGAAGCGAAAGAAGCACUGGAUCAUGCGUUUACUCUUCCUGGAGCUUGGGAACAUCCUGCUCUGUUGCACUUCUAUAUCCAUCUGAUGGAAAUGUCGAAGACUCCAGAGUGUGCUGUGCAAGCAGCAGAUAGUCUGAGAGGUCUAGUGCCCGAUAGUGGUCACCUCGAACAUAUGCCUUCUCACCUAUAUGUGCUUAUAGGCGAUUAUCGCGCAGGUAUAGCUGCCAACGCUUCCGCUGUCCGCGCUGAUGACGCCUAUGUGGCUAAGAUGGAAGGAAAUGAGAUGUACACUUUCUACCGCGCCCACAACUCGCACUCACUCAUCUAUGCGGCUUUGCUCUCUGGCAAAUCAGAGGUCGCCCUUCAGAAUUGUACUCUCAUGGAAAAUUACUUACCAGAAGAGCUUCUUGCAAUUGAAUCUCCAAACAUGGCUGAUUGGCUGGAAUCUUUCUUGGGCGUUCGAGCCCACUUGCUUGUCAGAUUCGGUCGUUGGGAGGAGAUUUUAUCAUUGGAGAUGCCGAAGAACAAAAAGCUAUACUGCGUGACCACGGCUACUCUUCAUUAUGCUAAGGGAGUAGCCCACUCAGCGCUCGGAAACAUCGCGGAAGCUGAGAAAGAGCAGGAGCUUUUCCUGGCCGCUCAAAAACUCGUUCCCGAAAGUCGAUUUGACUUCCCCAACAAGUGUACCGACAUUCUUAGAGUUGGUGAGGCUAUGCUGGCUGGCGAGAUUGAGUAUCGCAAGGGAAACUAUGAUCUCGCGUUUGAACAUCUGAGAGAGUCCAUCAAGCGUGACGACAAUCUUGUCUACAGCGAGCCUUGGGGUUGGAUGCAACCCACACGUCAUGCCUACGCCGCUCUGUCACUUGAGCAAGGUCUCGUUGAGCAAGCAGCUCAGGCAUAUGCCGAGGAUUUGGGCUUUGUCGCUGACAUCCCUCGCGGCCAUCAACAUCCUAACAACGUCUGGGCUUUGGUUGGAUACCGUGAAUGCUUGAAAUUAUUGGGACGUGAGGCCGAGUACAAUCAGCUCGAGCAACCAUACCAGCUGGCUAUUCAGAUGGCAGAUAUACCUGUGACUUCAUCCUGCUACUGCAGGAGAAUCAAACCGACCAGCUGCGGUGCUGGCAGAAGAGAGUCCAAGUUAUGA